AUGGCUGCCACAUUAGCAGCAGUGGCCGCCGGUACAGCAGCAGCUGCUGCGUACUUGGAUGCAAAGUACCACCUCCGAUCUGAUCUGAGCAAAGGUAGUCUGGAACAUGCCAACGAAGAGGCACAGCAGUUCAUCGCCGACAGGGCGGCCCAAGGAAAGUGCACAUUGUAUCACUAUAUUGAGGAGUGGGCCGAACAAGACAUCCCAGACCACCUUUUUCUGGAGUACCAAGCUCGGUCAUGGACAUACAAAGAAUUUCACCGGGACCUGCAACGGGUGGGCAAUUGGCUCAUGAAUGACCUGGGAGUGGCACAAGGCGAGAUGGUUGCAAUGAGCGGCCCAAAUAGCGCAGAAUGGAUCAAGCUGUGGAUGGCACUAGAUGGUAUUGGAGCAUGUCAGAGCUUUAUCAAUCACCACCUUGCUGGCAAUGCUCUUGCACAUUGCGUCAAGCUGUGCGAGCCACGAUACGUCCUUGCAGAUCGAGAGACUGUGGACAAGAUGGAGACCACCAGAGAGGAGCUCGAGCAGGCAGGCGUAACCAUUGUAUACUUCGAUGAAGCACUGUUUGCGUCGAUGCGAGAUACCACCCCGAUUCCCAGAGCACGAACCGCAAACGUCUUACCGACUGACACUAAAAGUCUCGUUUACACGAGUGGUACCACUGGACUUCCCAAAGGUGUCAUCCAGGUCAGCGGGAGAUCGGUCAACACUGCACGCUCAAUGGCGAAGCUGUUGAAGCUCAAGCGAUCGGACAAGUUCUACACAUGCUUACCGCUAUAUCAUGGAGCCGCACAGGGGCUCUGCACUUGCCCUGUCAUUGCUUCUGGCGCCUCCAUGUCACUGGGCAAGAAGUUCUCGCACAAGACCUUUUGGCCUGAAGUACAUCGAAGUCAACCAACCAUUCUACAGUACGUCGGCGAGCUCUGUCGCUACCUCGUCAACGCCCCGGUGCAUCCUCUCGAGCGACAGCACAACAUUCAGAUGGCGUGGGGUAAUGGUAUGAGACCAGACGUUUGGGAGAAGUUCCGGCAAAGGUUCAACAUACCUGUCAUUCACGAGCUCUACGCUGCAACAGACGGUCUUGGGGCAUCGUUCAACUGGAACCACGGCGAAUUUGGCAGGAAUGCGAUCGGAGUACGAGGCGCAUUCUGGAACCGAGCAAUGAGUGACCGGGAAGUAAGAGCAAGGAUAGACCCAGACACAGAGGAAAUCGUCAAGGACAAGGAUGGCUGGGUGGUCAGAUGUGCUGUCAACGAGCCUGGAGAGGUCAUUCACAGGGUGGAUCCUACGCUGAAAGAGUUGUCGUUCAAAGGAUACUUCAAGAACGAAAAGGCGUCAGACAAGAGAUGGAUGCAUAAUGUGUUCCAGAAGGGCGACCUGUGGUUCAGGAGUGGAGAUGUCAUGAGGCAAGAUGUUGAUGGACGAGUCUACUUCGUGGACAGGCUCGGCGAUACAUUCCGAUGGAAAUCUGAGAACGUCUCUACCAACGAGGUGUCGGACGUCCUGGGUACUUUCGAGCAAAUCGCCGAGGCCAACGUAUACGGUGUCGCCGUGCCGAACGCAGAUGGUCGAUGUGGAUGUGCAACAGUAGUCCUGAAGGAGGGCCUGAUGCCAGAGUCGCUGGACUGUGAUGCGCUGGGCCGCUUCGUUACCGAACGAUUGCCACGAUAUGCAGUGCCAUACUUCUUGCGUGUUGCACCUCAGCUGGCAUAUACUGGUACUUUCAAGAUACAGAAGGGCCAAGCGAAGCGAGAAGGUGUGGAUCUGGAUCUCAUCGAGAAAGCGGGAAGCAAAGAUAAGGUCUUUUGGCUACCUCCUGGUGCAGCCAGUUACCGGCCGUACACGAGAGAUGACUGGAAUGCGUUACGGACGGGCAAAGUCAUGUUAUGA